ACUUUUGAAUUGUAACUGUGGAGAAAUAAUCAUAAAAUGUUAUUCAAUUACACAUAUAUAGCAUACAUAAAGCAUUUAUAUAUAUUUACCAUAUAAAUUAACAUUUCACCUUAACUUGCUAUUAAACCCAAAUCUCUUCAUCACAAGAGAGAAUUCAAACCCCCCCCCCCUCCCCAAUGGAGUCUUCAAGAGUAGUAGUACUAUUAGAGCCAAGUUUCUCUAAAAUUUCAACCAUCAAACAACAAGAAGAAGUGAAAGAAGAUCAUCAUAAUCAUCAUCAUGGGCUUGUAUUGGAUCUUAGCCUCUCUAACAAGGAUGAUUCUUCCAUUAAUCAAGGGUCUUCUUCAAAGUUUGAAAUUGAAAAUCUCAUCAAUUCAAUCAAGACAAGUAUUUCUCCUCCUCCUCCUCCUCCUCCUCCAUCGGACGAUCAAAUCGAGCCGCGAAUCUUCUCAUGCAACUAUUGUCAAAGAAAAUUCUACAGCUCACAAGCACUUGGAGGGCACCAAAAUGCACACAAGAGAGAUAGAACACUAGCCAAGCGAGGGCAAAGACUUGGUGGUGGUGGUGGUGCAUACUCUAGCAUAUCUUCUCUGCCUUUGCAUGGCUCAUUCAAUAGAUCACUUGGUAUAAAAGUGCACUCUUUGAUCCACAAGCCUUCCAAUUCUUUGUUAUCAAGUGGUAUUGGUUUUCAAGGACAAAUAAGUGGAUGGUCUAGGCAACCAAUUGAUCAACAACCAGCAAUUGGAAGGCUCAUGACUAUGGAAAAUUUUAAUGUUGGAUCAUCAUCACCAACAAUUAAAGGGGCAGCAAGACUUGGAAGCUCUCGGACGUUUUCGCCGGCCGGUGAAGGGAUUGGCGGAAACUGGUGGGAUAGUGUUGGCCUUUUGAGGACGAAGAAAGAUGAUAUGCAGAAGCUUGACUUGUCCUUGAAGCUCUAGUUGCCUCUUUUUUUUAUUUUUAUUUUUAAGUUCAAUUCUUGUCUUCUUUGAAUUCUUGGGUUUGAUUGUAUAGAUUUUUUUAAUCUAUUUGAUGUUGGAUCGCUUGUAAAUGUUUUUUUUUUGGGCAUAAAAGACUAUGAAAGAUUUCAAUUUUUGAGAUUUUUGUAUU